GGACUAUAUAAAGCCACAGAGGAGCCUCUCCCGGGUUAGAGGAAUGUCACAACUGAAUUACCCUUGCCCUGAGCACCGCAUUCUAACAACACAUACACACACACACACCCACAUACACUAUACACACAGGACCUACACACACAGGACUACACGCAGGACCCUAAAGACUUACGCCGAUGUUCCCCGCUAUGGUCGACUUCUCUGAGAAGUACCUGGAAAGGUAAGUUAGAACCCAUAGGUGUUAUGUUCUGCGUGUGUGCUCUCUGCUGCUUUUGGAUAAAUAGAGAGAGGGAGGGAGAGAGAGCGGGAGGGAGGGAGGGAGGGAGGGAGAAGGAAGGAAGGAAGGAAGGUGACGUUUUAGGCUCUGAGGGAUACUGCUCAAAAGCUGUUAGGAGGCUAGCUGACCUCUCUCCUGAGUGUCAUUUGCCAGUUGCUGGGUGAGAGGACUCAUGUGUGGUUAAAUCUAUUUUGAGGACACUUGUAUCUAGAGAUUGGCCUUGUCUUUUAAUAAUCGGCCUGGAUUUCUUAUGUGGUCUCUGUGGUUUGUAAGGUGAGUAAUGUUGAGAAUGGAGAUUUAAAUUAGUCAGAUGGUUUAGUUGGGUGUUGAUUUAUAUAUACUGAACAUUGUAGGACAAUUUCUAUUUUCAGCAUUUUCCUUGGUUGGAAUAGAAUGUACUACUGUAUUUCCAGAUGGAAUUCAGAUUCAGGCACUCUUGAAAAGUAAAGAUUUAUAUCUUAGUGUGUUUGCCUGCUCUGUUUUUUAACAGCCUACCCUGAUCCAAUGGAAUUACUCUGGAAAACCACAUUCCUAUUCAACCUGGUCUCAGAGCCUUUCGUAAUAUUCUGUACUUAAAUCCGUGCCACUCCAAUUAGUAUGAUACUGUAUGUUACAUUUCGUAUGGUAUGUAUUAAUUUGUGGAUGUCAAUCACCCAUUUCGUAUGAUAUGUUACAAAUUAAAAUUAGUAUAUUAUAUGUUCCGAAUUAGCAAAACGUACAAUAUGUUGCACAUUUGCAAAACAUAUUAUAUGUUACGAAUUCUAGCAAGGUGGCUAACAUUCAGUGAGUAAAGUACUUAAGUAAAAAUACUUUAAGUCGUUUGGGGUAUCUGUACUUUACUUUACUAUUUAUAUUUGUCACUACUUUUACUUUUACUUCACUACAUUCCUAAAGAAAACAUUGUACUUUUUACUCUAUAUAUUUUCCCUGACAACCAAAAGUACUCAUUACAAAGUAGCUAAAAAGUAGUAAGCAGUUCAAAAGUUGCUAAUUAGCUAAAAUGCUAAGGUUGUCCAUGAUGAGAUUCGAACUCGCAACCUUUAAGUUGCUAGAUGUUUGCAUUAUACCACCCUACUUUCAUUUUCCCCCUCAAGUAACUAUCUGUCUUAUGUAACCAUACCAAACGUAACAUACAGUGGGGAAAAAAAGUAUUUAGUCAGCCACCAAUUGUGCAAGUUCUCCCACUUAAAAAGAUGAGAGAGGCCUGUAAUUUUCAUCAUAGGUACACGUCAACUAUGACAUACAAAAUGAGGAAAAAAAAUCCAGAAAAUAACAUUGUAGGAUUUUUAAUGAAUUUAUUUGCAAAUUAUGGUGGAAAAUAAGUAUUUGGUCAAUAACAAAAUUUUCUCAAUACUUUGUUAUAUACCCUUUGUUGGCAAUGACACAGGUCAAAUGUUUUCUGUAAGUCUUCACAAGGUUUUCACACACUGUUGCUGGUAUUUUGUCCCAUUCCUCCAUGCAGAUCUCCUUUAGAGCAAUGAUGUUUUGGGGCUGUUGCUGGGCAACACGGACUUUCAACUCCCUCCAAAGAUUUUCUAUGGGGUUGAGAUCUGGAGACUGGCUAGGCCACUCCAGGACCUUGAAAUGCUUCUUACGAAGCCACUCCUUCGAUGCCCGUGCGGUGUGUUUGGGAUCAUUAUCAUGCUGAAAGACCCAGCCACGUUUCAUCUUCAAUGCCCUUGCGGAUGGAUGGAGGUUGUCACUCAAAAUCUCACGGUACAUGGCCCCAUUCAUUCUUUCCUUUACACGGAUCAGUCGUCCUGGUCCCUUUGCAGAAAAACAGCCCCAAAGCAUGAUGUUUCCACCCCCAUGCUUCACAGUAGGUAUUGUGUUCUUUGGAUGCAACUCAGCAUUCUUUGUCCUCCAAACACGACGGUUUGAGUUUUUACCAAAAAGUUAUAUUUUGGUUUCAUCUGACCAUAUGACAUUCUCCCAAUCCUCUUCUGGAUCAUCCAAAUGCACUCUAGCAAACUUCAGAAGGGCCUGGACAUGUACUGGCUUAAGCAGGGGGACACGUCUGGCACUGCAGGAUUUGAGUCCCUGGCGGCGUAGUGUGUUACUGAUGGUAGGCUUUAUUACUUUGGUCCCAGCUCUCUGCAGGUCAUUCACUAGGUCCCCCCGUGUGGUUCUGAGAUUUUUGCUCACCGUUCUUGUGAUCAUUUUGACCCCACGGGGUGAGAUCUUGCGUGGAGCCCCAGAUCGAGGGAGAUUAUCAGUGGUCUUGUAUGUCUUCCAUUUCCUAAUAAUUGCUCCCACAGUUGAUUUCUUCAAACCAAGCUGCUUACCUAUUGCAGAUUCAGUCUUCCCAGCCUGGUGCAGGUCUACAAUUUUGUUUCUGGUGUCCUUUGACAGCUCUUUGGUCUUGGCCAUAGUGGAGUUUGGAGUGUGACUGUUUGAGGUUGUGGACAGGUGUCUUUUAUACUGAUAACAAGUUCAAACAGGUGCCAUUAAUACAGGUAACGAGUGGAGGACAGAGGAGCCUCUUAAAGAAGAAGUUACAGGUCUGUGAGAGCCAGAAAUCUUGCUUGUUUGUAGGUGACCAAAUACUUAUUUUCCACCAUAAUUUGCAAAUAAAUUCAUUAAAAAUCCUACAAUGUGAUUUUCUGGAUUUUUUUUCCUCAAUUUGUCUGUCAUAGUUGACGUGUACCUAUGAUGAAAAUUACAGGCCUCUCUCAUCUUUUUAAGUGGGAGAACUUGCACAAUUGGUGGCUGACUAAAUACUUUUUUCCCCACUGUAUCAUACUAUUUUGAGGGUCCCGGAUUUACAUUUACUAUGUUACAUCUAGUCUAUGAGACCAGGCUGUCCCAUUUAGUCUGUGGGAAAAUAAUGGGAGGACCAUACUGUCUCUUGCUCCAUGAGAAUGAUGUUGUCCUCAUCGUGGGGAAUAGGAGGGAUAUGUGCAGCUACGCUGUGUUAUGCAGACAGACACACGUAUGCAUGUACGCAUGCACACGCACACACACACACACACACGCACAACACACACACACACACACACACACACACACACACACACACACACACACACACACACACACACACACACACACACACACACACACACACACAACACACACACACACACACACACACACACACACACACACACACACACACACACACACACACACACACACACACACACACACACACACACAGGGGAGGUAUGUGUGUGUUCUGUGUACACGGUGCAGGGCCAGGCACAUAACCUACCGCAAACAGCCAGAGUGCCGGACGGGGCAAAAACAACCCCAAAGUUGCUCACCUUGGGGUCUGGGACUACUCCCUACCCCUCUACCCCCUCCCCUGGCUGUAGUGGUUGGGUGCUGCCUGGAGGUGUGGAGAGGGGAUCCAGUACACCGUGGGAAACAGAGCCACCGGGUGGAACAGGAAGGAGGGAUGUAGAAGGGAUCCACUUCAAAGCAACAGCACAUGUGUUUUAACAAGUUUGAUUAACUGACAUGGUAGAAACAUUUAGUAGUUCAGAGCAGGACUUCAGGCACCAAACAAUGAGUGAUGAUAGGCAUUCAUUUUCUUUGAUUCUAUAGUGGGACUAUACAGUAAUGUGCAUUAGCUAUCUUUUCUUGCUCCUGUGCUACUAUACAUUUAUGACUGUGUAAUACCUCAACGUAUCGUUCUUUAAUAUAGUACUAUACUAUGUUGUUACUUUGCUGUAGCACAUUUCUAGUAUGUCAAUAACGUUAUUUGUCUCUCUAUGUGAUCUAACGUUGGUGUUGACAUGCCCCCCCUAUCACCCGUGGCUGUCAGUCAGUCAGUUAGUCAGCCACACUCUAGUACAUCUACUGUACAGCUGCAGUGUGUCUGUCUGCAUUUCCCCAGCUACCCAGUUCUCCCCUCGAGUUCUGAGUACUUAGCUAGCUAGAUAUCCCUGGGAGCACGGCCCAGUUUCACACCACCAGGAAUAGCAUGGAGAGAGGGUAUUACUGUCGGUAAUGUGAGCCAGGAGAAGUGGGAAUAACAUGGAGAGAGGGUAUUACUGUCGGUAAUGUGAGCCAGGAGAAGUGGGAAUAACAUGGAGAGAGGGUAUUACUGUCGGUAAUGUGAGCCAGGAGAAGUGGGAAUAACAUGGAGAGAGGGUAUUACUGUCGGUAAUGUGAGCCAGGAGAAGUGGGAAUAACAUGGAGAGAGGGUAUUACUGUCGGUAAUGUGAGCCAGGAGAAGUGGGAAUAACAUGGAGAGAGGGUAUUACUGUCGGUAAUGUGAACCAGGAGAAGUGGGAAUAACAUGGAGAGAGGGUAUUACUGUCGGUAAUGUGAGCCAGGAGAAGUGGGAAUAACAUGGAGAGAGGGUAUUACUGUCGGUAAUGUGAGCCAGGAGAAGUGGGAAUAACAUGGAGAGAGGGUAUUACUGUCGGUAAUGUGAGCCAGGAGAAGUGGGAAUAACAUGGAGAGAGGGUAUUACUGUCGGUAAUGUGAGCCAGGAGAAGUGGGAAUAACAUGGAGAGAGGGUAUUACUGUCGGUAAUGUGAGCCAGGAGAAGUGGGAAUAACAUGGAGAGAGGGUAUUACUGUCGGUAAUGUGAGCCAGGAGAAGUGGGAAUAACAUGGAGAGAGGGUAUUACUGUUGGUGAUGUGAGCCAGGAGAAGUUGGAAUAACAUGGAGAGAGGGUAUUACUGUCGGUAAUGUGAGCCAGGAGAAGUGGGAAUAACAUAGAGAGAGGGUAUUACUGUCGGUAAUGUGAGCCAGGAGAAGUGGGAAUAACAUGGAGAGAGGGUAUUACUGUCGGUAAUGUGAGCCAGGAGAAGUGGGAAUAACAUGGAGAGAGGGUAUUACUGUUGGUGAUGUGAGCCAGGAGAAGUUGGAAUAACAUGGAGAGAGGGUAUUACUGUCGGUAAUGUGAGCCAGGAGAAGUGGGAAUAACAUAGAGAGAGGGUAUUACUGUCGGUAAUGUGAGCCAGGAGAAGUGGGAAUAACAUGGAGAGACCUGAGAUAAUCAUGGUGCUAAAGACCCUCCAGCCCCCUCUACACACGGACAUGCGCACGCACACUCACACCACCUGCCUGGCAGAUAGGGAGUGUGGCAGGUAAUGUAUAGUCCCUAUAGCAAUGCCAGGGUUGUGGGUUCGAUUCCCACAGGGGGCCAGUAUGAAAAAUGUAUGCACUCACUAAAUGUAAGUCGCUCUGGAUAAGAGCGUCUGCUAAAUGACUAAAAUGUAAAUAUAUGUAUUUUCUGAUAGCGGGUGCGAUGAAUGGGAUCAGAGAGCAUCCUAAUUUGCUAAUCUCCCAGAGAGGGAUGUGGCUAUCCUAAUAUAAGAUUAGCCUGUCAGGUUUAGGGCUAUGUUUAAUGAAGACAGGAACAGACUCACACUACUGCUCCUGGUGGCUGGGCCAUUAGCUAGCCGGCCGGGGUAUGAUCACAUAUAGCGGAGAGGGGUCGAUUGUUAGAGUGAGGAAUACAUAUUAAGACAAUACAGAUUUUGUUAAGGGCACAGGGCCAGGUGAACAGGAAGUUGUCAUACUGCUACACUCUUAUUAGGUGGUAAGAUCUUGUCCAGGUAUUUUUGUAUUUUCUCUUCUCUCACAAUCUUUUCACUCUCUCACUCUGUCCCUUCUCACCUUCCCUCGAUCCCCUCUAAUCUUGCCCCCUCACCUCUCGGUAGUAGCAGUUGUUGGCUGACGACACUCAGCCGUGUGGGGAACAGGCUAGCGGGGCCGUGUGGAAUGUGUCCCCUGCCUGCCCUCUGUGGCUUUGUGUGUGUGUGUGUGUGUGUGUGUGUGUGUGUGGUUUCUUUACCCUGCUGAGUUUGAGCUCCUAUACUGGCCUCUGCUGUAGCUGUAGCCCUCGGCCCCUCAGGCCCAGUGUAUGAGCUAAUAAUCACAGCAGCAACGUGAUGGAUGGCCGUGGCCGGAGAGCUGCCAUGCGCGUAGUAACCUCCUUAUCACUGCCUCGGCUUGAGACGCGUUUCAGCAGCCUCACAUGUGCUUGGCUCUCAAUAACACCCAUGGCAUAGGUCUAUAGAACAUAUAACGUCAUUAGGCAGGUAUCCUAACAGUAGAGCGUUAGGCCCGUAACCGAAAGGACGCUGGUUCAAAUAGCCGAGCCGACAAGGUGAAAAAUCUGCUGAUGUGCCCUUGAGCAAGGCACUUAACCCUAAUUUGCUCCAGGGGCACCGUACUACUAUGGCUGAACCUGUAAAACAACACAUUUCACUGCGCCUAUCUGGUGUAUGUACAAAAAAAAAUAGAACUAGGGUAGUCAACUACUGAAACGUUGAGAUGGUUUGAAUGGGUUGUAGGAUGGUCUGUUAAGCAAAAUGGCAUUUACCUGUAGUUUUCAGUACCAUUGCGUAUUUUAUUAUUUCUUCUUUGUUACAAUCUUUUUAUACUAAGCAAUUCAACCUUAGUAGUCAUUCAUCUACGACAUUCAAUUGUUGAGAUGAAUGCUGAGUGGCGCAGUGGUCUAAGGCACUGUGCCACUAGAGAUCCUGGUUCGAAUCCAGGCUCUGUCGUAGCUGGCCGCGACCGGGAGACCCAUGGGGCGGCGCGCAAUUGGCCCAGCGUCGUCCAGGGUAGGGGAGGGAAUGGCCGGCAGGGAUGUAGCUCAGUUGAUAGAGCAUGGCGUUUGCAACGCCAGGGUUGUGGGUUCGAUUCCCACAGGGGGUAUGAAAAAAAUAAAAAAAUAAUGUAUGCACUAACUAACUGUAAGUCGCUCUGGAUAAGAGCGUCUGCUAAAUGACUAAAAUGUAAAUGUAAAAUGUUGAGAAUGGAGGGCCAUAUCCCUGUAGUAUCAUAAACUAACCAGAAGGUGGCAAUGUGGAGUUGUGAAUUCCCCUACCUCUCCCAGUCCUCAAUGACAAUAGUGUUUCCAGCCCUGUCAUAUCUUUCCACCCGGCCUGGGCCCAGCAUAGUUCACUCCACUUGUAUUGAAACCAGACCUGGAUAAUAAAUUGUUUCAUUAGGUUUGCAAAUACUUUCCACCGCUCGUAAAAACUAGUCCCUCUGCUCACAUGCGUUGGCAUGGCAUCCCUAUUCAGCUUUAACCUCACUUAGUUGAAACCUAAAAUAUGGUCGUGGACGCUAAAAAUAGAGCAAUCAAAUACAUUCCACUUCUCUAUGAUGAUUUUAUGCCUUUCUAAAAUAGCUUUUUAUUUUGGGUAAAGAUCACUUCAGUAUGGUGAGUGUGGGUUGUUGGGAGAAAAAUUGUGCCAGAGGUAGAGUGUAAUGUUUUUAUGUUUUUCACCAUACCAACAACCACAUUUUACUCCACUAACGCUAGCUCCUCAUCUGGAUAGAGCAUGUUUUAAUAGAACCCUACUGUGGAAUACUAUAAUCAAGCCCAAUGCAUCACCUUGUGUUUAUAGAUGACAAUGGCCGCAGCCUGUCACGCAGAUAGGCCUAAAAUAUCCACACUGAUCAGUACAGGAUCUUAGAAGCAGAUUGUUACAAUUCCUUGUGGUCCGUCUUUUCUCUUCUUUUUACAAUCCAUUUCCUGAUCUCGUCAGUGAGAAAUGCAGAGACAUCCGGUGUAAGGGGAAUGGGAAAGAGGGGGGUUGCAAAUGUCCCCGUCCCCCACCCUCUCUCUCUCUCUUUCUCUCUCUCUCACUCUCUCUCUGGAGGAUCACAGUGCUGACUGAUAUUUCAUCACUUUCUCUCUUCCAUCCUGCUGAAGUGAUAAGAGAGGAGAGAAAACAUUGUAGCUCUCUAUCGAGUGGCCUUCAGAGUCACUUUCAGAGGCUUCUCGGCUCUGAGGCAAACAUCCCUCUAACCAGCACCAGCUUGAGGGCAUGUUGUUUUACUAGUCAUUAAUUACAUUCUAACUCACACAUUUGGCAAGCUCCUCUCCCUGUCCUCUCCUCUUACACACAUUUUGAAAGAGGCUUCUUGUAUUCCUCCUAGUUCAUCAUCCACUCCUUGCCCCACCCUUUUUCCUCUUUGAAAGAAAGGAACUAGUCAGCUCCUGGUUGCCCUUGACGAUGGGUGGUGGAGUCAUCUUAAAUAGUUGCCCAGGUUGCUUCCUGUUUCCUGCUUUUCGCCUAAUCACAAAAUGCCUGGAAAACCCACAGAGGUGGCCUGGCAACACCAUCCAAACCAGGCCUAUCUGUUGCCCUUUCCACCCACUAGUGACCACUGAUGUCGUCCUUGCCUCUCCACCUUGGAGCACAGACACUGGGGCUCUUUCAGUUCCCAAGACUGGCUGUGGAUAAAAGAACCAGGAACUAAGCAGGGGUUUGAUGAUCAGGUGUUGGGAGAGGGCCUUUGGAGACUGGCAGAGAGAGGGCGAGUGUCUAUGUGUGCGUGUGUGCAUGUGGGUGUGUGCUUUUGCACAGUAUGCAUGUGUGUUAGUGUGUGUGUUUGUGUUAGUGUAUGUGUGUGUGUAUGUGUGUGUCUGUAUGUGUGUUUUCAGGCUCCAAUUUUUUUUUAUGCUGGGUUCUUUUGUGGGCCCUGUGGUCUCACUGGGGCUUUUGGUGACAUUAGGCCAGUUGACAGUGAUUAGGACAGCGGCGCUUUAGCUAAUAGCUAAUACACAGUGGAAAUCAACCAGGAAAUGGGAGUCACGUGGGAUCGUGUCACAAUGAGGAAGCAUGUGAGGUCAGCGGGAGGAGCUAGCAGCCACCCAGGGAUUGUGGGAUAGCAUGGAGGACUAGGGUUGGCAUGCCCUCUCCGGGGAGAUGGGGAUGGGAAGGGAUGUUGCAGGGUGUUGUUGGUAGUGGGGGUAUAUUUUAGGUGAUGGAGGAGGAGGGGGGUGCAGCUGUGCCCCGUGUCCUGUCCCGAGGGCUCCAGCCCUGGGUUAGCUCCCUCUCCGGGUCCCUCUAGGCACCUGGAGAAUGGUGUUAAUGCGUGGAGGAUUGAGGAGUAAGUCUCUCCUCCUUCACUGCCACAUUCACUCACUCCCUGCCUAAGGACCUGCCAGGGGUAGAACUAGAUGAGAGAAAGAUUGAAAGAAGACAUUAACAACGGAGAGGGAAAGAUACUAGCUGUCACCGCACUGUAACUUCCACUUGACACUACUCUACUACACUUGAAUAUCCUGCUGAAGUCUGAAAUGUAUACAGCCCUGGCACUUUUUCCCUUUUCUUGUUUUGAGCAUAUGGAACUGAUUUGAACCGCUGGAGUUUGUUUUUAAAGUUGAACUGUUUCCCAUGACUAGGAAGACUCAACCCCCUUUUCUGUCUCUCUCUUUUCUCCCCUUGGUCUCUCCCCAUCUUUCUCUCCUUUUCUAUAUCCAUCCAUUUCUUUCUAUCUUUCUUUCUUUCUUUCUUUCUUUCUUUCUUUCUUUCUUUCUUUCUUUCUUUCUUUCUUUCUUUCUUUCUUUCUUUCUUUCUUUCUUUCUUUCUUUCUUUCUUUCUUUCUUUCUUUCUUUCUUUCUUUCUUUUGUUAUCUCUCUUUCUCAGGGCCAAAGACAUGAAGAACCGGCUUGCUUUCCUGAGGAGGAGGAAUGAGUCUCCCGGAAGCAACCCAGCCGGCAAAUUCGACAAGUCCUUGAAGUCGUCAGUAAAGUGAGUGUUUUGUGUGUGACUGUGUGCUUGUGUGUUUGUCAGUGUGUGUGUAUGUCCACAUGGCCGCUUCCUGGAUCUCACCCCAGCUGGUGAUGCCUUGGCUCAGACAGACAGACGAGUGGGCAGCGUGAAGAAGCGCUUGUAAAGCCACAGAGAGAAAGACAGAAAUUAGAGAAAGACAGAAAUGGAGGAAGGAAGGGAGGAAGGAAGGAAUGAAUUACGUCUUGAUGUGUUUAACAAUUCCUGGUUGAUCCGUAUGCUAAGGCGGAUGUUAUAGCUGUUAUAGGUUAGGCGGAUGUUAUAGCUGUUAUUGGUUAGGCGGAUGUUAUAGCUGUUAUAGGUUAGGCGGGUGUUAUAGCUGUUAUAGGUUAGGCGGGUGUUAUAGCUGUUAUAGGUUAGGCGGAUGUUAUAGCUGUUAUAGGUUAGGCGGGUGUUAUAGCUGUUAUAGGUUAGGCGGGUGUUAUAGCUGUUAUAGGUUAGGCGGGUGUUAUAGCUUUGGUUAAGGCAGCCACGCAUUAUCCUAUAGUUUAUUUAUGCUCCUUUUUCUACCUGUUUAAUAAGAGAAUGUUUUAGAGAGUGUAUCUGUAUUAGCUUUAAUGCAUGUGUUUUGGCGGUUGAUUUUGAGUUGCAACAUUGUAAAAUGUUGAUGGGUCAGCUCUGCUAACAGAGAGAUAGGUCCAGUCAGACUACUUCAAUAUCCAUGGUUACACAUAUGUCUGUACUGUAUUUAUACUGUAGCUAUAUGGCUGUUUUGAUUGACAAAACUGGUUGGUCCUAGAUAACAAUGGUUAAUGUAUAAGUCUAAUGUAUAAUCUGCAUGCGGUCAUUGCGCCUUUAGAGUACACUCGCUUGAACACAAGCUGCAUCUACUCAACUGCUAUAUUAUUUCAAAUAAACUCAAGCAUGCAUAUAUGCAUUGUGUUACAUAAUGCAUUAAAUAUCUCCCAGCAACAGUAACAGAACGAGCAGGAGAUCCAUUUGUCAGCGUAUGUGACAGGUUGUCAUGCAUUAUAUUAUGCAAUGAUGUAGCAAGCAUGUUUUGUCCACAGAGGGGGAGAGAGAGAGAGAGAGAGAGAGAGAGAGAGAGAGAGAGAGAGAGAGAGAUAGAGAGAGAGAGAGAGAGAGAGAGGAGAGAGAGAGAGAGAGAGAGGAGAGAGGAGGAGAGAGAGAGAGAGAGGAGAGAGAGAGAGAGAGAGAGAGAGAGAGAGAGAGAGAGAGAGAGAAAGAGAAUGUUCGAUAACAAUGCAUAAGAACUGGGAAUUUCAUUGUUUCAUAUUUAAUUGUUAUAUUCAAUAGAACAUAGCACUUGUAUGUUAGGCAGACAUUUAUUUAGUAGGCUAUUUCAUUUAUUCACACAGUCAGUUGCAACGUUAACUGAUAGAAAUUUAAAUAAGGUAGAAAAUGGAAAUAAAGAAACAGUAGUGUCUGUGCAGGUAGUGUUAUUAUAAUGGUUUCACAUGGUUGGGUCCUAUUCCUCUGUUGCCAUGUCAAUAAGGCCCUCAGAUGGGUUGAAGGAGAGGAAGCAUAUCCUCUAUCUGAGAGCAGAGAGAAUGAGGGAGGCAGGGGAGGGCAGAAAAGCUGGGGGGUGGACCCUCAGGCUCAAAACCCAUCCCCAUUGGCUGGUUUAGUCCCCGCCCCUCCUCUGCCUCCUGAGCUGCAGUGAGAGGGAGUAUAAGGUGAGACAUCUAGUGGAACCAGUUAGACAUACUUACGCACACAGACUUAUACACACUCACAUGCUCGAUCACACACAGCCCCAGAGCACCAGCGAGUGUGAAAGAGAGAAAAAGAAGAAAGGAAUUGCAAUUCCACAGAGUACUAGCCAAAGGACUACACUGACGCUCCUUACCAGUCCAGUGCAGUACAGUGGAGCACAGGGCUUCGGAUGGGUCACACUAUGAGAAACCUGGCAGAGAUGGGCUUGCUAAAGAACCGCUCCGUUUUCAUUUGCAGGCCCACCCCGGAGGAGGCACUCAAAUGGGGGGAAUCUCUGGACAAGCUGCUGGCCCACAAAUGUAAGUCUGCCUUUCCUUAUUAUUAUUCUCCUUCUUUAUUUUCUCCAUCCGUUUAAUCAAUCAAACCCAACGGGAUAAAGGAAAUGACUAAUACCGAUCUGGGUUUGAUUGCCAUAUGGUCCCAUGUGGAUCUGGUUUAAGUUUAACUGAAGCAUGGGGAAGAAUUGCAUUGAUUAUGAAUAAGGAACAAUGUGCAUGUGUUUUAGGGGGUGGUAUGGGCAGGAAAUAUGUUCAUACUUGUUGCUUGUGCAAUGUGAAUUCAGUGUGUGUGUGUGUGUGUGUAUGUGUUGUUGCGCCCCUGCAGUGAAUGGGCAGUCUGUUGAGGCACUCUGCUGCAGCUCUCCCACUAAUCCCAGUGGAUGAAUAGAACCAUGCAAUAGUGUAGGGGGAGAGGGGACAGAUUAUGGAUGGGCUGGAUGGCUGAGAGAGAGAAAGAGGACGUCAGAGUAGUGUUGCUAUAUUUGUAUGCUUCCAUAAUUCAUAGCCAUGGUCUGAGCGCUGUCGGGCUGGGAUUCCAAAUCCCCAUUCAAUUGUCUUUCUCUGUGAUGACUCAGACAAGCCAACACCAUUUAUCCCUAACAGAGAAAAGCUUAGCGGCACAACCCUUUGAUCCCAACACUUUCCCUCCUCUCUUUUUCUGCCUUUUCAUGUUUUUUCUUACUUUCUUUAUAUCUUUCUUCUGGCUGACCUGUAGCGAAUUCUCUCUCUGCUCCUGUAGCGUAUUUAGCAUGGGGGGGUCAUGUGAACGGAAAGGUGCGGGCGACCAGGCAGGGUGGGACUCGGCUUCCUGCUAUUCUUAUCCUGCCGAUGUCUUUUCCUCAAGUCAUUAACGACACCAUCCUAAUAGCCAAAGCAACAAGAACAGGUCGACAAGCAAACUGCCCCCCCCCCCCCCCCCCCCCCCCCCCCCCAGAACAAGAAAGGCAUCUCUUUGUACAGAGACGGGAUGAGAAAAUACAUGCCAAUGAGCUGUGUUGACGAAGGAAAAAGUAACAGAGUGUAAUGUAGGGUCAGUGGGGUGAUGCUGCAUAGUUUUUGUGAAUGGGAGGUGACUGGAUAGGUGUCUUGGAGGCGAUUGGCUUUAGUCCCCUUUUUAACAGUGUGACUCAAUGGACUGGGCUACUGUGCUAUUUAGGUAGUCUCCCUCACUGAGAGAGAUGACGCUGUGUUGCCAUAGCUCUCCAGUCAUGUCCACUAACCCACACCUCUCUGUUUUUUCCCCUCUUGCCUUCUUCCCUUCAGAUGGCCUGGCGGCGUUCAGAGCUUUCCUGCGCACAGAGUUCAGUGAGGAGAAUCUGGAAUUCUGGUUGGCGUGCGAGGAUUACAAGAAGAUUAAGUCGCAAUCCAAGAUGGCAUCCAAAGCCAAGAAAGUCUUUGCUGAAUACAUUGCCAUCCAGUCUUGUAAAGAGGUGAGCAGCAAUCCCCAUACACAUACAGACUUCUACCCACAAGGGAUGGUGGAAAAUACCCUUCAACUGUAAUGUCUCCUGUUUAUACCUAAAAGAGCUCUCCACUUCCAUUUCACAAAUUGUUUACUUUGACUCACUAGAAGACUUAGGGCUAUAUUCAAUCUGUAUUGCUAAAGCGUUACAGAUUGCGAGAUAUAAAUGUAAAGGUAAUUGAGCCGACAUAUGCCGCAUUUACCGUGAUUGCAGUUGCCUUUAAAUUUGCCUUUAAAUUUAAAUCACGCUGUAACGUUGAACUUCCGCGGUGCGGAUUGAAUAGAGCCCUUAAUCAGCGGCCCAUCAAUUAAGAUAGUGUUUGCUAACCCCAACCUCACUCCUCAUGACUGAGCCUUUAUAAUCCGCUCCUAACACCUCCCUGACAGAAACUAGAAAUAAACUUGUUCCCGUUGUAAAUUCAAAAGCAGUGAUUUUGGCCGGGCCCCUCACCAUUGUUCCCUCAACUAAAGAUGUUAGGUGAUGAAUGUGUAAUGCCUGUCAGAAGGCACUCCCACAAGGGAAUGAGUGAGCUGGAGAGGAUGUGAGAUCAUGCCUGACAAACAGGCUUUCUUUGGUCGCCUGACAUGCACCAAAUAGACUCCCUCACUUUUCCCCUUUUUUUUUAACCUGGAGAGCCGAGUGGAAACUUCAAGUCACAAAUCAGCCCCAACAGCUUGAACCAGUUGUCGGUAGCACUGAAACUAACCUGCUGCUCUGUCUCUUCCUUUCUUCCCCUCCCUCUUUCCCUCUCUCAGGUGAACUUGGACUCGUACACCCGAGAGCACACCAAGGACAACCUUCAGAAUGUGACGCGCUCCUGCUUCGACCUGGCCCAGCGCAGGAUAUACGGCCUGAUGGAGAAGGACUCGUACCCUCGCUUCCUCCGCUCAGAACUCUACAUGGACUUAGUCAACCAGAAGAAGGCCAGCACCACGUCCACCUCCUCAUCGUCAUAAACACGCAGAGAUCAGGAUAGAACGUGAGAGACGACGACGAAAGAGAGAAGGCAGAGACUUGAAAGCAGGGGGAGGUAGUUUUUUUUCAUGUUUGCCAUUUUGUUUUGUUUCUGCCAUCAUCCUGUCCCACUAUGAGUUGGGUGUGAGAGAGACGGCGAGCUAGGCCGUGGCACUGAGGGGGGUGUUGUUUACACAACGACCAUGACAACAGGCUGAUGGAGGGGGGAUGGAGAGCCCAUUCAGGACAGCUGGUCACCGUCAUGUGAGGGCAUGUCCAGGGAUUUCUCUGAUCACUCUCAUUGAUUACUGUCUGUCGUUCAUAACGACAUAUGUUCGUUUGUCCGUAUUUAAGUUAUCUUCCAGAUGUACUGGAAAAAGGGUUGAAACCUCUGCAGACAAGAAGACAGUCCAGUACUGUGUUGACGUUUAUUUUUGUAUUUUUUUUGACACCCCCUUUC